UAGCGCGCUAGCUGUUAGCCACCGAGCGGCCGGGAACUGCCGGACGCUUUGGCCGUUGUGAACGUCUUCGACCGGCGGGCGGGCGGGGGUGGGUUGGGGGGAGACGCAGCGCCGAGCAUGGAGAACAAAGACAAAGUCCAAAUGCGGAACCAUCCUCGCAGGCAUAUGAAGAAGCUGAGCGAGGACAGCCUGACCAAGCAGCCCGAGGAAGUCUUCGACGUGCUGGAGAAGUUGGGCGAAGGGUCGUACGGCUGCGUGUUCAAGGCUCACUACCGCGAGACGGGCGAGAUCGUGGCCAUCAAGCAGGUUCCCGUCGAGUCGGACCUGCAGGAAAUCAUCAAGGAGAUCUCCAUCAUGCAGCAAUGCAACAGUCCACAUGUGGUGCGCUACUACGGCAGCUACUUCAAGAACAGCGACCUGUGGAUUGUCAUGGAGUACUGCGGGGCGGGAUCCGUCUCCGACAUCAUUCGCAUACGCGGCAAAACGCUGUCCGAGGAGGAGAUCGCCAGCAUCCUUCAGUCGACGCUGAAGGGCUUGGAGUAUCUUCACUUCAUGAGGAAAAUCCACCGCGACAUCAAGGCGGGCAACAUCCUUCUCAACACGGAGGGUCAGGCCAAGCUGGCCGACUUCGGCGUCGCCGGUCAGCUGACGGACACCAUGGCCAAGAGGAACACCGUGAUCGGGACGCCCUUCUGGAUGGCGCCCGAGGUGAUCCAGGAGAUCGGUUACAACUGCGUGGCGGACAUCUGGUCGCUGGGCAUCACCGCCAUCGAGAUGGCGGAGGGGAAGCCGCCCUACGCCGACAUCCACCCCAUGAGGGCCAUCUUCAUGAUCCCUACCAACCCCCCGCCGACGUUCCGCAACCCGGACGUGUGGUCGCCCCAUUUCCGGGACUUUGUGAGCCAAUGUCUGGUGAAGAACCCGGAGAACCGGGCCACCGCCACGCAACUGCUGCAGCACGCUUUCAUCAAGGCGGCCAAGCCCAGCGGCAUCCUGAGGGCGCUCAUCAGCGACGCCAUGGACAUUAAAGCCAAGCGGCGGGAGGCGGCGGCGGCGGCGGCGCACGCGGACGACAACGAAAACGACGACGACAAUUCCGAAGAGGACGAGGUGGACCAGGGGACCAUGGUGAGAGCCGCCCCGGGCGACAACGUCACCAUGCGCGCCGGCGACGAGGCGGGCACCUUGCGCUCGCAGUUGGGGACCAUGGUCAUCAACUCGGACGACGACGACAGUGACGACGACGCGGGCACCAUGAAAAGGACGGACGAGAAUUCGCCGCCGUCCAAGCCGUCCUUCCUGGAAUACUUUGAGCAGAAGGAGAAGGAGGCCGGCGGUCAAAAUGGAGGAGCGGAGGAGCGCAAAGCGCUGGCGGAAGGAGAUCUGGACCUGGGGGGGGACGUGUGGCGAUGUUCGCAGGCCGGCUCGUGGUCGGUGGAGGAUCUGCGCGUGCGUCUGGCCGCGUUGGACCCGCAGAUGGAACAAGAAAUGGAGGAAAUCCGCCAGCGCUACCAGGCCAAGAGGAAACCCAUCCUGGACGCCAUCGAGGCCAAGAAGAGACGACAGCACAACUUGUGAAGUGAGGCGCCGAAGCAAAAAAAAAAAAGAAAAAGCGGCAGCUGGACUUUUUGCAAAGGUGCGUUUCAUUCGCGUAGCCAGAGGAGAUGGUCAAAGUCAUAAAUUCAACAGAUUUCAAGCACACGUUCCAGCCACAAAUUUCUAUUUUGUGCAAAAAAUGAUACCUCGUUCGCUGGGCGAUAUAUACGAUUUCAUAGUAUCGUCAUAGACGGACGGGUGCAUCUCAGUGACGCUAGAAUUUCAUCCAUUUCUGCUGUUCAGUCGAGAUUUUAUUUAUGAGAAGCCACCUUUGACGCGCCCCUAGAAACCCAAACGUUACUGAGGAGAGGAAAAGUGCUUUGUUUGUGAAUAAUUUAGCAAUAAAUGAUGUACACUGUUAUCAUUUCUGGAGAUGCACCUGCAGCCUUUGAUAUUUUGGGGCAGGAGGAUUUUGGGAAUUCCCCCCCUGCGGCCCGCAGGGGGCGCGUACUUUUUUUUUUUUGAACUUGUCAUCCGAGAGCUGGAAAUGUCGAGUUGUCUGUGAUUCCCGUUAGCAUUUCUUUUCAUUUGUUGUUGCGGCGGAGAAAGGGAAAUAAUGCGAGUCGAAAGCACUGGAGGCGAAAACGCCGGAAUGUUUUUUUUUUUUUUCUUCUUCUUCUUCUUCUUCUUGUUGUUUACUGUAAGAUGCAAAUGAUCCGGUUUGGGGUUUCAGGGACGCGUUUCAAACUUUAAAGAGGAACUCAAACGAGGUGCGCUCGUUCGUUUCAUUGACAUAAAGAAUCUUUGGCCGGGGGGUGCAAAUUCCAUCAAGUGGAAUCUUUUCAAAUGUUUCCGGAGUUUCCGCGUAAAUGGCCAAGAUGUCCUCCGUCGUCGGGCGAGAUCAUCUCGACUUAUUCGUCGGUUGCGGACUCGAUUGGUUGGCUGUUUGGAGGCUAAGAUUGCAGUCAUUAAGGAAUCAAUUUGAUGAAUUGAUUGGCCGGCGAUUGCUUAGCGUGAAUCGUGAAAUGAACCAAGCACGUAACAAAGUCAGUCAAUGAGCGAGCGAGCGAGCGAGCGAGCGAGCGCAAAGCUUUCCCACCGCGUCGCAAAGUUCUUGCGUAAAAUCCGGAAGAGUUUCCGCAGAGAUCGUACGGCAAAACGAAGCUUUUCGCCAAACAUUCCUUUUUUUUUCUUUUACCGUUUCCUUUCCCGUUGAUGAACGCUUUGUCGCCAAAAACGCUGAUUUGAAAUUAUUGUCGCGUUUCAGAUUUUGAUGUUUGUUGUAUUUAACACAAUAAAGACAAAAAAGCUUU